CUUACCUAUCAUGAAGCGGCACUGCUGUGAAAGGGAAGGACACUGUAACACUGUUUUUAUUUAAAUGAGUCUACGACAUAUUGUCAUCAUUGGAUUAUGCGUCUAUCUUUUCAAAAAGGUGUCGUCACUCGAAAAAGACUGGCCCAGACCUGUUGUGAGUUGUGAGAAAUGCAAGAAGACCUUGACUCCUGGCUCACAUGCUGAGCAUGAAGGAAAGCCGUAUUGCAAAAGUUCAUGCUAUCCGGCACUGUUCGGGCCUGGAGGUUUUGGAAAAGGAGGAACCGAAAGCUAUAGAUUUGAUACAAAAUAAGCAUAAUCUAAUCUUCAAGUUGAAAAAAGGUUUUAGCAUAAUUAUUUAUAACACAUUACAUCAUAUAUAUCUUCAAUUUAAAAAUAUUGCUAUCAUUAAAUCUACAAAUGUCUGAAGUGCAAUUAUAUAAAUUGAAAC